AGGCUAACAUCGCGCCUCCAGUAUCCGCUGACUGAUACAUGUAACGUUUUAUGGCGGUCGUUAUGUUGCUACAUGUAUAUUGAUACAAGCAUGCGUGCACGUCUGCUUUAAAUCCAUGCUAUCGGGUAUAGGCCUGUCAAUGUCAUCACCUGGAUUUAAAAGCAGCGUAGGGAGUUAUCAUAAAUCUCCACCGCACUCAAGUUGAGAGGCAUUUCAGAGAGGUCUGCCGAGGCGUCAACAUGCAGCGGUUUGCAUUCACGGUUUUACGGGCGCUCCUGGGGCUCUGUGUGCUGGUACGCGGCAGCGAGGCCGUCAUAUCCCUGCGCGAGCUCUCCUCGGUCUACCUGCCGUACGAUUAUGCGUCGGACGGUGCGGGGCUGUUCGACCUUGAUACCGGUGCGUCUGAGCAGAGUGCGUACGACCCGGAGCGUUCUACGGUCUACACUGUUGGCGACAAGUACAUGCACGUGUUGGACUUCACCGAUGUAACAGCUCCAACCGUGCUCCACCACGCCCGCCUGCCGUCGAAGGGCAACGACGUGGAGUACUGUGGAGGGCUCGUCGGGGUGGCGCUGGACGGCCAGCCCGGUACCGUCCAGCUGUACCGUCGCUACGACCGGCAAUCUGGCCAGCUUCAGCUCGUGGCGAACAUCUCCGUUGGCAGUCGACCGGACAUGUUGAAGUUCACCCACGACUGCAGGACGAUCGUAGUGGCGAACGAGGGCGAGCCGUACGAGGACGCGGGCUACAUCGUCGACAACGAAGGCACGGUGUCGAUCAUCCAUCUCGACAACCUCGAUACGGCCGUUCCGGAUGCCGUCAGUCUUGACUUCAAGUCGUUUAACGAUCGAGCGGAUGAAUACGUUCGGCGUGGAGUGAGAUGGCCGUACAGGGGAGAAUUGGGCCGAAGCGCCAACAACUUCUCACAGUCCCUGGAGCCGGAGUAUAUCACCAUCAACAAGCAGGACACGAAAGCCUACAUAUGCCUGCAGGAAAAUAACGCGGUGGCUGUGGUGGAUCUGAUAUCAGAAACGAUCGUGGAUAUCUACCCUUUCGGCUUCAAGUCCUGGAAAAACUACCUGCUUGAUGCAAGCGAUAAAGACUCAGGGAUCAACUUGGAGUCCUACGACAUCUACAGCAUCUACCAGCCGGACACUAUCGCGUUCAUGGAGAUGGGCGGUGUCGAGUAUAUCGUCACGGCCAACGAGGGCGACGACAUGGAACUCCAGGCGGGAAAUGAAGAGUGGGAAGAAAGCCAGAGAGGGAAUGAUUUUGUAAAGGAGAAUCAGCUGUCUGACCAGGUUCCCAGCGAAGUGCGAAGCGCCCUCGCUGACAAGGAGAAGUUAGGACGGCUACAGUUCAGCACGGUCGACGGCCGCAACCCGCAGAACACCAGCGAGUUUGACAGGCUGUACUUCUACGGCGGCCGCAGCGUGUCCAUAUUCCGUGCCGACGACUUCUCGUUGGUGUACGACAGCGGAGACGAGAUCGCACGUCGGCACGCGGGGGCCUACCCGGAGCUGUUCAACGCCGACUACCUCAGUCGCGAUCCGGCUAGUGACUCGCCGACAGACACCUUCGACAAGCGGUCUGAUAACAAGGGUACAGAACCCGAAGCCGUGGAGCUGGGAGAGAUCAACGGCAAGCGCGUACUGUUCGUCGGUAACGAGCGGACGUGCGCCCUCAUGGUCUACGCUUUCGAGAGCGACUCAAUCGUGCCGGUCUUUCAGUCCAUCCAUCGGUUCGGGGAGUCGCGGGGGGCCUUCUCCGACCUCUACGACGGGAGGAAAAUCGGGAACCUGGACCCAGAGGACCUCAGGUUUAUCAAGGCAUCCGACACGCCACUCGGGAAGCCAUUGCUUCUGGUUACCAGCGCGAUUGGUGGCACCGUGGCCAUGUACGAGGUUGUAGAUAGCGAUGCUGACACCGGUGACAGCGAUGCUCAUGUGGUCUUGAGCCCCAUCUCCACCGUGUACAUACCGUACGGUUACUCGUCUGAUGACACGGCCAGAUACGGCCUAGGUGAAGGAGCUAGCGAGCAGAGCGCCUACGAUCCGGCUAACGCUAUGGUUUAUACUGUUGGGGACAAUUUCAUGCACGUCAUCGACAUCUCAGACAUCACACGGCCGACCAUCGUCCACUACCUGCAGCUACCGUCCAGUGGCAACGACAUCGAACUGUGCGGUGGCCUGAUCGGCGUGGCACUGGGCGGUACCCCUGGGACUUUGAAUAUGUACAGUCUCUACGACAGCCAAAGCGGCCAGGUUUCUCUCGUUAGAAGUAUUCAGGUUGGCAGCAAGCCGGACAUGCUGAAGUUUACCGAGAAUUGCCGAACCCUGCUCGUGGCCAACGAGGGAGUGUCGACCGUGGAAUCGGGCUACAUCGUGGACCACGAGGGGUCUGUCACCAUCCUUCGUCUGGAUGAUGCCGGCGGGAUCGUCAAUAGAACCGACCUGGAUUUCACCUCAUUUAACACAAGAGCCUCCGAGUAUGUCGAGCGAGGCGUCAGGUGGCCUUACCGGGGAGAACUGAGCCAGAGCCCCACCAACUUCUCCCAGUCCAUGGAGCCAGAGUAUAUCACAUUCAGCAAGGACGAGACCAAGGCGUACAUAUGCCUCCAGGAAAACAAUGCAAUCGCUGUGAUCGAUCUGACUACCAAUACCAUUGUCGAUAUUUAUGCACUCGGAGACAAGUCUUGGCAGAGUCUAUCCCUAGACGCCAGUGACAAAGAUGGAGGCAUCAACUUUGCGUCAUACGACAUCUACAGCUUGUACCAGCCCGACGCCAUUAAGUACGUGGAGCUGAACGGCGAGGGCUAUAUCAUCACCGCCAACGAAGGGGAUAGCCUUGACUACGAGGUGGGAGGAAACACCUGGGAAGACGUGCAACGGGGGAAAAAGUUCGUAGAUGGAAAUCUUUUGUCCAACACUGUAUCCGCAACUCUUCGGCAGGCGUUGAGUGAUGAUGCCGCUCUUGGUCGCCUGCAGUUCAGCACGGUGGACGGGCGCAACGCCCAGGACCCAAGUCAGUUCGAUCGGCUGUACGCCUUCGGCGGUCGCAGUUUCUCGAUCUUCAGCUCCGCCGAUAUGUCGCUCGUCUACGACAGCGGCGACGAUCUGGAACGGAAACACGACCUCUACUACCCAGAAGUGUUUAACGCCGAUUGCGACUCCGAUGACCCGGAUGUCGACACGCCCGAGGAUAGGUUCGACCGUCGCUCGGAUAACAAGGGAGUGGAAUGUGAGGUUUUGGAGACGGGUGAAAUCAACGGCAAGCGGUUGCUCUUCGUGGGCCAGGAGCGAACCAGCUCCGUCAUGGUCUACAGUUUCCCAGGCGAUUCGAUCAUACCGACCUUCGAGUCGAUGUACCGAGCGGGCGGCACCAGCAAGACCUUCACUGAGCUCUUGAACGAACGGAAUCUGGGCGACCUAGCACCCGAGGAUUUACGCUUCAUCCCGGCGUCAGACAACCCGAGCGGUAAGCCGCUUCUCCUGGUGACCAGCACGAAGAGUGGGACCCUGUCUAUUUACGAAGUGGCGGAGUUCCCCAACAACGACCCCAACGGUGGAAGCGACGCAGUCUUCUCCCCACGGAUAGCGGCAACUCUCACAGCUCUUAGUUUAGUCAUAUCUAUUAUACUUCAUUAAUAAAACCCUGUAUGUUUAAGUAUCGUUACUUCUAAAUAUUUGUUUUGUAUUAUUAUCGUACUGAGUUUUAGCUUUUAAAUCAAGACCAUUAAUUGUUUUAAGCGCAUGAGCAUCAUGACGCGAAAUAUCCGAGUUUCUGUCUGUCGUUUCAUUGUGCUUGAAAUUAUAUGGUGUUGGGAACAUUGUAUUGCCAUUUGACCGAUCAUGGUUGCAGUGGACUUGACUAGUCGCCAUCAAAAUCAUUCGUCGUUCGAAAGUAUAACGUGGAAUCAAUGAAAAGAUUAUAUUGGAGACC